GGGGAGCAGCGCUGAGUUUCAUCUGAGUUCAUACCACAGCUGUAGAACCAUCUACAACAUCGUUUCUCUCCGUCGAGACCUAUCCCGAGGCGAUGGGGAACGAGGCCAGUAUGGAAGGGGAGGGACAGGCGGGACAGCCCGGCCCCGCCGUCCCUGCAGCGGGGGCUCCGGCUUCCAUUUCAGCACCACCGGACUCUGGACAGCUCAUCAAGCCCAGCAAUGGAGCGCCAGCCGGAGGAAGUGGGGCUGGACCCGGGCCGGGGAUUAACAGACCACCUCCUUCAGACCCGGGACAUAAAGCAGGAGUCCAGAGUGGUCAUGGAACAGGGGACAGGUUGGCCUCCCACGAAUCCCGUCAGCAUGCCGCCCCUCAAGGAGAGCAAGUCCAGGGUCAUGUGGCCAGGAAGAGUCUGCAGGUGGAUGUGGGUAGCAGCAGGACUGGGAGGUCCCCCUCUGUGUCCCCGGACCGAGGCAGCGUCCCCACCUCACCUUACUCUGUGCCACAAAUUGCACCCAUGCCCAGCAGCAAACUAUGCCCCGUCUGCAAAACCACCGACCUGAUGGGCACUGGGGAUGACAAGCCCAACUUCAACACCUGCACACAGUGCUGCUGCAUGGUGUGCAACCAGUGUGGCUUCAACCCCAACCCUCACCUCACAGAGGUUCAAGAGUGGCUAUGUCUGAACUGUCAGAUGCAGAGAGCAUUGGGGAUGGACAUGACCACACCACGCUCCAAGAGUCAGCAACAGAUACACUCUCCUUCUCAUACAGCCAAACCAGAACUUAAACCUGAUGCUCCGACUCAGCCUGCACCCCAGACACAGACCCCUCCUCAGACGCAGCCUCCAGCACAGGCCCCUCCAGCACCUGGCCCUACCAAACAGACUGGUCCAGCUGGCCCAGGUCAGCAGCAAGUAAAGCUCCCUCCAGGGGCAGUCCCUCUCCCGGGCAUGGCCAAGGCCCCUUCCCAGCCUGAUCUAUCCCGCAGCUCUCCGGCUCACCAACCUAACCACCCACGCCAGGACCAGACUCGCAGUGCGGGGAGCUCCCCUUCACGACAGCCCCCGCCACCGGAGCAGACUUUUGGAAAGUUGUUUGGCUUUGGUGCUUCUCUUCUUAACCAAGCCAGUACUCUCAUAUCUGAGACUACUCAACCCCAACAGCCGCCCCCAAAACCAGCCCCCAAACCAGGAGGACCUCCUGGUCCGGGGCUUGUGGCAGGUAAACCCUCAGGACCUCAGCCUGCGCAACAAGGGCCACGAGCCCCUGCUCAGCAGCAACAACAACAACAGCACGCUCCCCCGGACUCCUCUAAACCUAAAGCUUGUUGUCCUCUCUGCAAGACAAACCUCAACAUUGGCAACACAGCAGAACAACCCAACUACAACACCUGCACACAGUGCCACCAACAAGUGUGCAACAUGUGUGGAUUCAACCCCACUCCCCAUCUAGUCGAGAAGAAAGAAUGGCUGUGCUUGAACUGCCAGACGCAGAGGGCUCUGUCAGGAAGCUUGGGAGAUAUUCCAGCUCCUGUUGCACAGCCAGUGGGAUCCCCCCGGCCACCUGCUACAGCCAAUCAACAACCACCUCAGCAGAAAGGGCCCAAUCAACUCUCAGGGCCUAGGCCCACAGGUCCUCAUCAACAGCAGAAACCAACGGGUCCCCAAGUAAGUGGCCCUAUUUCUCCUGUGAAACAGGCUGGGUCUGCCCCUCAUACCAAGGGGGCCAGCCAAGCUUCCCCUCAAACCAAGGGUUCUGCCCAACCCGUUCCUCAACCUAAGGGUUCAACUCAGUCACCUUCCCAAACAAAGGGUCCAACACAACCCUCAGCUCAGAGUAAGGGACCUCAUAUUAAAGGUCCUAAUCAAUCACAUGCUCAAAGUAAGGGCCCUGUUCAGUCUGCUAACCAAAUAAAGGGCCCAAGCCAGGCCAAAGGGCCGACUCAGACAAAGGGAUCUGCUCAGCCCUCUGCUCAGACUAAAGGCCCUUCUCAUCCUUCUGGUGCCAAGGCGUCAUCCGCCCCUGGUAAAGCCGCACCCAACCAUGCCAAGGCCUUUCCCACCCAAUCAAAAACAGCACCUACUCAGUCUAAACCCACAGGUAACAACCAGGCCCGCAAACAGCCGCAGAGCCAGGAGAAGACUAAAGUCACAUCUAAAUCUCAAAAAGAAGACGUCAAGGCCUCACCAAAGAAGGCAUUGACAGAGACUAUCACUUCACCAAAAGACAUGAAGAUAGCUGAAGAUGCACAGAAGUCAAGACACCAUGAAGAUUACAACAAAUCAAGUACACAGAGUUUAAGUGACACUGGAUACUCCUCAGAUGGGAUCUCCAGCUCUCAUGGAGAGAUUACAGGCCAGAUCCACGAAGAAGGAAUCAAGCUCAGUGAAAGAGGUGCUUCUAUCCCCUCAGAAAUCACCAAGCUAGAGAGCUCCAUGAAACCUCUUCUAGAGUCAAAGACUGCUGCAGACCAGAAGCACAGGCCACAUUCACUGUCUGUAGGACAGGACCGGGACUAUAGUCCUGAUGACGAUGCAGCAAGGGAUGAAUCAGAGGAUGACCUCAGUUGUAAGCUUCGCCAUGAUUAUGUGGAAGACAGUAGUGAAAGUGGCCUCUCUCCAUUGCCAGUAAGACAGAAGAAGUCACAUAAAGAUUUAACAGAUGAGGAAUUUAUGAGGAGACAAAUUAUGGAGAUGAGUGCUGAUGAAGAGGAGUUGGAAGAACAUGGAAACCAGAAGACUAAAAGGGGACAUAAAACCAGUGGAGAUUUGAGCAAAGAGAGACGGCGACUCUCUCAUCAUUCUAAUAGUUUUGAGGAUGACACCAAGGCAUCAGAGGGUGCUUAUAAGGCAAAUGAAGAGGAAGAUGUUGUAAUGGCUGGAGGCCUUCGGCGUUUUAAGACCAUUGAGCUGAAUAACACUAACAGCUACAACCGAGAAAUGGAGCUCAGCACUGAGCAUGACCUACGAGAACCUGAACUAGAGAUGGAGAGUCUGACUGGUUCUCCCGAAGAGCGGUCCAAGGGAGAAUAUUCAUCAACCCUACCUGCUACCACUCCCAGCUACACCUCUGGAACAUCCCCCACAUCUGUGUCGUCCAUGGAGGAUGACAGUGACAGCAGCCCUAGUCGUAGGGCAAGACUAGAGGAGGCAAAGCAGCAGAGGAAAGCUCGACAUCGAUCCCAUGGGCCACUGCUUCCCACUAUCGAAGACUCAUCUGAGGAGGAUGAGCUCAGAGAGGAGGAAGAACUACUUAGAGAACAGGAGCAGAUGAGAGAUCUAGAGCAACAGAGGAUCCGAAGUACUGCUCGAAAAACAAAGAGGGAUAAAGAGGAGCUACGAGCACAGAGACGCAGGGAAAGAUCCAAAACUCCCCCAAGUAAUCUCUCUCCCAUUGAGGAUGCAUCACCAACAGAAGAGCUGAGACAGGCUGCAGAGAUGGAGGAACUUCAUAGAUCAUCAUGUUCUGAAUAUUCCCCAUCUAUGGACUCAGAGGCAGAAGGCUUUGAGAUGAUUGGUGGAAAGCUUUACAAAUCAGGAAAUGAAUAUAACCUUCCAACCUUCACAUCACUCUACUCCCCCACAGAAAAGACAUCAGCAGUGUCACCAUCUGAUAAAACAUUAAAAAGUGCAGAGGAGGUCUAUGAGGAGAUGAUGAAGAAAGCACAGCUCAUGCAGAGGCAAGGACAAACAGUAAAUCAGCAGAAAGGUGCCCCUCAGCCUGACAGUAAACAUCAUCUUGAAGCAGGAACUGCCCUAACCCCUGGGUCAAGCCCAACACAAGUUACUGCACCUAUGUCCUUCUCCACAACAGGUAGUGAUCCAAGAAUACCAGGAAUUCAUGCAGCACAGCAUCUAUCAAAAGAAACGCAAAAUAGGAUGAUGACACAGAGUGCCAAAAUCGAAGGUGUUGUUGGAGUUGCCACAACCAAAGCCCAAGUCAGUCAGACUGCCACAACUCGACAGGCAGGUAGCACAGCGCCUGCUGGUAACAGAACAGGCUCCCAGAGGCCAACACAGGCAACACCUGACCCUGGAGCAUCCUCCCUAACCUCCAAAGUCUUCUCCCUUUUCAAAGGUCCUAGCCCCCCGGUCUCCCCCUCUACUUCUCCAGCACAAAGCCCAACACAUACGCCGUCCGUCAGACCAACUGGUGGUAGUGGCAGGCAGCUGCCAACUUUGCCUGGUGGUCCUACAUCAGCUGCAGCAUCCCAUGGAGCUCAGGCACCUCAAAGGGCAAUUUCGCCACGUCUUGCACGACAACAGUCCUCUCAAGAUUCACCAGUGAUGGUGAUAACACUAGGUUCUGAUACAACAAGUCCUGCCAAACCACUUACUGUAAAUUCCUCCACUUCCCCUUUGUCAUCGCCAACACAGGUCAGUUGUAAAACCUUGUAUAGCUCCCAGCCCCCUUCGACAAGUUCCCCAACAUCACCACAAAUGCAUCCGUCACAACAGUCUCCUAAACAUUCUUCACAGAUGGCUCAAAAUGUUGAAAAAGUAAAUGUUGGUAUUAGCACCGUGACCACAACUGCACAUAGCCGCGGAUCUGUGGAAAAUAUAUCUCUGUGUAAAAUCUCUAAUAUCCCAGGCUCUUCAAUGGUUGUGGGUCAGGGCCAAACACAUCCAAGCACUAAUGUGGUGGAUCUGAGAGCUCCAAUGAGGCCGGCUCCAAUUAUAAUGACAGACCAGGGGAUGGACCUAACAUCCCUUGCCACUGACACAAGAAGAUACUCUUUAGGGGCGGAGCAGCCAUCUGGUCGACACACAGCAGUGCAACCUCUUAUUAUGAACCUUAACGCACAAGAGCAACCACACAUAUCUUUAUCAACACCGACCACAGUUAGCAUCACAGUUGCAGGUUCUAUGUUCAUGUCCCAACCCAAGCAACCAGUUGUAUAUGGAGAUCCUUUGCAAAACCGUGUGGAUUUGGGGCAGGGUGUUGGAUCAGCUGUGUGUUUAACCCAGAGUAAGCCAACAGUUACUGACCCAUCUAUUCCCAAAAUUGAUGCCUGCCUGGAGAACCUAGGCAUACAACAGCAACAACUGCAGUUACAGCAGCAGAAGCUCCUGCAGCAGCAACAGCUUCUUGAGCAGCAGCUCCAGCAGCACCAACAGCAAUCCUCUUUUGCUCGUUACAAUUUAGCUAAUCAGGUCCAGCCUUUGCUGAUGAAAAAAGACCUUGUAGUGAGCCAGACAAGCAGUGCCCAGCCUGUAGUGACUGCUAGUGCCAUUCCUAGAGUAUCCCCCCUGGCUCCACCAUCAGUGUCUGGGGCUCCUACUUCUAAUGCUCCUCAUGAAAUCUAUGGUGGAGUUGCCUUAGAGCUAAAAAACAAGCCAACAGUAAUGAACUUGUCCACAGGUAAGACCCAUGUUAUGAUGGUGCAACUUGAUGAGAGUAACACAUCACAGGGAGGCACAGUGACUCAACUGGUAAAGCGAGAAGAACCUCCUCCCACUCCUCAGGUCUUGGAUCUCACUGGACAGAUCAAACCAGAAAACCAGGUGGCUUGUUGUGAUGUUGUUUACAAAUUGCCCUUUGCUGGUUCCUGUUCAGGGUCAUUCACUCAGAAGCCUACAACAAUAUCCUCAGAUAGUAAUCCCACCACUGAAACCUCUCAAGCAGCCCACCCUCCCCAUCCACAAUACAAUGUCAGCCAACAACAACAACAACAACAACAACAACACCAGCCUCAGGCUACACAAGGAGUGACAGAGGAACAUAAACCAUAUCAACCACCCAUAGUCCCCUCAGGAAGAAUACAGCCCUCAAUGUCUGAUACUAAUCUGCCUUCCAUGACUGAUGCUGGUCACUAUCAGAGUAAUGUCCAAGGGGGUCUAGCAGUAGAUCUUAGCAGCAUGAAUCAGGCUUAUGAUGGUGGAUACCUUGGUAUGGGAGCACAGUAUGGAUCUUACACAGACCUGCGUCACCAAGGAGAUUUAACAGGCCCUUCGUUACCCCUUCGCAGAUAUGGCUCCAUGUCAAAUAUCAAUUCCGACUAUGCCUACAGCUCGCGUGACCUAACAGGAUCACAGGACUCCAAUCUGGCUCAGUACAGUGCAACCACUGCCAGGGAGAUCAGUCGCAUGUGUGCAGCUCUUAACUCAGCGGACCAGUUCGGGAGCAGGUAUGGAAAUAACCCUGAACUGGUACCAUAUGGGGCUGGAAGAGGUGGACCUUUAGCUAGGCUUAAUCUCCAGCAAAGCUUAGCAUCUAUAAGAGCAAACCUUAUCUAUGGCCCAGAUGGAAGACCAACAGCAAAUGGCCAAACCCUAACAAAUCUAAUAAAUGCUAGACAAGCAAGCAUACGCGCCUUGUACCCUGCCGCCAUGAGAGGAGGUGAUGGCAUGAUAUAUUCUACCAUAAACACUCCCAUAGCCUCUACCUUGCCAAUUACCACCCAGCCUGCCUCUGUCCUGCGUCCCAUGCCUAGAGGAAUUUACAGACCAUACCCUACAGGUGUAACUGCUGUACCAUUGGCUAGCCUUACCAGGUUGCCUCAAGUGACUCCGAGAAUGCCUCUGUCUACACAGGGACCAUAUUCCUACCCUACUCCAAACCAGUAUCCUACGUCAGCCGCACCACCAGGAAGUGUGCCUGAUGCAAGCAGCUUACACCAGGAAACUCCUGUGUACCUUGGCAAGCCUUUAACAACAGUUGCAGCACAAACAGCUGCAACCAUUCCACCAACCCAACCUGUGGCACACUUAGGAGCACAAAAUGUACCAGCAACUGGUAUGCAGACUGCAGCAGAUCUACAGACAGACCACCCUCAACUUACCCCACAGAGUGUUACAUCCCUCUCUCAAGCUCAAGGCCAACCUCCAACUGUCCAGCCAGUGCAGGCUCAAAUGCAGCCACAGCAGUUACCUACUCAAACUGAACCAUUAUCUUUAACUCAAACCCAACCUCAAGUUCAACCGAUUAGUCAAACUCAACCUUUAGCUCUGCCACAGGGCCAGCCACAAGCAACACCCCAUGGUACUGCCCUAGCACCAAGUUCUAAACUUUCUCCUCCCAUGGAUGCCCAGAAAGGUAAGGAAGAUGAGAGACUGAGUCAGCAGCAAGAGCAUAUGCUGCAGCUGGAGCGAGAGCGUGUUGAACUGGAGAAAUUACGCCAGCUGCGCCUACAAGAGGAGCUUGAAAGAGAUCGUAUGGAGCUUCAACGGCACCGAGAAAAAGAACAACUUCUUGUUCAGCGUGAGAUUCAAGAACUGCAUACAAUCAAACAGCAAGUCAUACAGCAACAGCAAGCCGAGCGGGAGACACAGCUCAUUAUGCAAAGAGAACAACUGGCCCAGCAGAGAAUGCAGCUUGAACAAAUUCAGUCUCUGCAGCAGCAGCUCCAGCAGCAGUUGGAGGAGCAGAAAAGGCAAAAGACAGCAGCAGUGGAGGCAGCCGCUGCUGUUGCAGCAGCAGAAGCAGCCGCUGCAUCAGCAGCAGCGGCAGCAGCAGCAACAUCUGCCCAGGGUACAAUACAAGGGGUAGUUGUUGGAGGAGGUCCUCCUCAAGGAUUCAUCAUCUGUGACCAGAGUGGUAGAGUUAUCCAACAAGAUGGACAGAGUGUUCAGUUUUGGCAGGAUGGGCAAGUGGUCCAAGCUGUAGUGGCUGCUCGACCUAUUCAUAGUUCUGCCUCUGAAAUGUCUUUGAGAAGCAGUGACAAACAGGCUGAUUCCAAGAUAAUGAAAAAGCAGAAUUCCAUGCCACGGCUGAGGGAUGGCUCAGAGGAGGACUCUGUGAAGAGAAUUACAGACAGCUGUGUGCAAACAGAUGAUGAAGAUGGAGAGGACAGAUUCAUGAACAGGCGCAGGAGAACAAGGCGUAUUGCAGAUUGCAGUGUGCAGACUGAUGAGGAGGACCAGGGAGAAUGGGACCAGCAGCCAGUAAGACGCAGGCGAUCACGUGUAUCUAAGCACUCUGAAUCCACUGGUGAGGCUAAAUCAGAAGGGUCAUCUAAAGUGGCUUCUGCAAGUAUAGCUAUUCAAACUACAAAUGAUUCGUCAUGCCAAACAGAGCCCGACCAACUAGGCAGGAUUUCACCUGCAAUCCACAUUACCAUGGCAGAGACCUCAAAGGUUGACCUACUGCAUUAUAUAGCAGCCCCAGAAAGGACUCACAAAGGAGAGAGUCUGGCCUGCCAGACAGAACCAGAGUCUCAAUCUCAGGGUGUGGUGGCCCCUCAGCUGAGUGUCCCUACAACUAUCAGUCCGUACUCCACAAGUCUGCAUAUAGUAGGUGCAAACACAUCUGACCAGACCUCUCCAAGACUCCAAGGAGUUGCUAAGUUUGAGAGGAGGAAACCAGACCCCCUGGAAAUUGGCUUUCAGCAGCAACCAAAUGAGUCUCUAUCCCGCCAGCCCCCAAAAUCUCCCCAGGUGCUAUACUCACCAGUAUCUCCAUUGUCUCCUCAUCGCAUGCUGGAGACAACAUUUGCCUCCCAGGAGAAGCUUAACAAGGCCCAUGUUACACCCCAGCAAAAGGCCUUUACUGCUGAAUCACCCCAACGCCACCAGACCCUACCAAGACCCAUAAAAAGUGUGCAGCGCUCCAUGUCAGAUCCCAAACCUCUUAGCCCCACAUCAGAGGAUCCUGCCAAGAACAGGUUCUCCCCAUAUCAUCAGCAAGCUGUGUCCAACAGUCAGAUGGCCUCCCUGCAGCAGCAGCAGAACUCUCUGAUGAGGAAAGUAAAGAGGACUCUCCCCAGCCCCCCUCCAGAGGAGACUCCGCUCCCCAUUGUUACUCCAGCACAAAUGUACAGCUCUCCUGGCAUGCCCCAGAGGGUCCUACCCAGACCUUCCCAGGGAGUCACCAAGGCUGGCCUGCUGAGUGAAUUGAAAGCUGUGGAACAAGAGUCAUCAAAGCUCCGCAAACAGCAGGCUGAACUGGAAGAAGAAGAGAAAGAGAUUGAUGCCAAGCUACGUUACUUGGAGCUAGGCAUCACCCAACGUAAGGAGACCAUGGUGAAGGAGAGGGAAAGAAGAGAGCUGGCUUACCUGAGAUGUAUGGGUGACGCUCGGGACUACAUGUCAGACAGUGAGCUCAAUAACCUUAGGAUGGCAGCUGCAACAGGAACCUUUGAUGCUAAUGGUCUGCUGACAAGGCCCAGCACUGCACCAUUGAGUCAAUUUACUAAUGACCUCAAUGCAACCUCCCAGUAUCCCUCAACCUCAUCCUAUAUGUCUUAUCCAUACCCUCAAAGUCAACCAUCAACACAACAGCCAGGCUCUGCUUAUCAACAGAUAGGUUUCCAACCUCCUCAGUACCCUUCAUCAUCUGCACCCCAGCCAGGAACUUUCCAACCCCAUCCCCCACCAGGCCCUGGCUACCAGAACCAGGGAACCUAUUCCUCCCGCAUGUAUGCCCAGUCCUCCUACCAGACAGACCUUGGCAUGCAACAGCAUGGUCACCAGGGCUUCCAUCCGCCUGGUCAAUCUAUGCCAGGCCAGAGCCUUCCUUACCCCAGCCAUAGUUCCUACCAACCUGGUCUCUCCUACCAGCCCCAGGCAGAGAUCCUUACAGUCCAUCAAAGACCACGACAAACAUCUUUGGCAGACCUUGAGCAAAAACUCCCCACGAACUAUGAGGUCAUUAGCAAUCCAGCAGUGUCAGUGGCCACACCAGCUCCAGAUGCCAACUUUGGCUCAGUCUACAGCAAUGCUUAUGGACAAUACCGCCCCCCUGAGCCUGGCCUGACUCACUCUGUGGAGAGCCCCACCUCUGCUUACACUUCAGAUGGACUGUACACCUCAAACCUGGAGCAGAAUAUUCCUCGGAACUACGUCAUGAUUGACGAUAUCAGUGAGUUGACAAAAGACAACACCAGCCAACCCACUGAUGCUCUAGGCCAUCCUGUGGGAGGACGGUAUCGCAGUGAGAAUGGCCCUGCACGUGGGAGUGCCUAUGGUAGGCCUGAAGAUGAAUCUGUGGAUGCUUAUGGCAGACCUACUGGCACAGCGGGUUACCAGAGUACAGUGGACAGUCGCACCAGCACCACAGUGAGUGGAGGCUCUUCCUAUUACUAUGAUGAUUAUAAACACACAUCACGAAGCAGCUCCAGUAGCCACAAACUCACACCCAAGAAUCUCGCCCCAGCAGUAGUCUCCUCUAAACGUAGUAAGCACAGGAAGCAGGGCAUGGAGCAGAAGAUUUCUAAAUUCUCCCCUAUCGAGGAAGCACGAGAUGUGGAGUCUGACCUUGCCUCUUACACAAUGACAACAUCAACCGGUGGCAGCUGUACAGUUGUGUCCAGAUCCAAGAAGCUUCAGGAGGAUGUCACCUAUGGAAUGAAGAAGAAUGCAUAUGAUCAGCAAAAAUAUUAUGGCACCAGUCGUGAGGGUCUUGAGGAGGAGGACCGCAUGUACAGCUCUGGUAGGUCCAGGUCUACUGGAUAUGGUAUGGACAAGAUUUCCUCCAGAGAUGCCACAGGUCACAGAAGUAAAUCCUACGAGAGGGAUGCUAUGGAGCGGUCUCAGAGAAGCAGCCGCAGUGGAAGGCCUCCCAUGCGCAGCCAGAACUCAGAAGAGGAGAGCCCACUAAGUCCUGUUGGAAAACCUGUAGGCAUGGGAAGAGGCUCUGGCAUACCAGACGCCCAUGAUGUGAGGAACCAGUAUGGCUCCAGCCAUUCAUUGCCAGAUGUGCAGGACCAUCACAAGAAGGACCUGCCCAGGAGUCAUGUCUAUAAACCAGAUGACCCUUACCUCGUAGAUGACAUGCACUGUGCUGUUUCUGACAGUGAAGCCUAUCAUUUGGGCCAAGAGGAAACUGAUUGGUUUGAGAAGCCUCGGGAGGCACGUUCUGAUCGCUCAAGACAUCAUGGAAGUGGAAGUCACUCAUCUACAGGUAGGCGUAGUAAACACACCUACCAUGAUUAUGACGAACCACCAGAGGAAUACUGUCCCCAGGAUGAGUACAACCAACAACGCCACGCCACCUCCACAUCAUCACGGGACCACCGUCACCAUGGCAACAGCUCUGGGAGACACAGCUCUUCUCGCCACUCCUCAGAGGAUCCCAGGUCCUCUCGUUCUUCUAGGACACAUCCCAAAGAACCACCUGCCCGCUCUGAUGGCAGGGGCUCUUCAUCUACACAAAGAAGGAGUGGUCCAGACUCCCGUUCCGCCCAGGCAAGCCCCCGGAACUCGGGCGAUUUCUCUCGAGACUCAGCCUCUGGUCAUCAUCACGGCACUGGAGGACGGAGCCAGAGACCCCAAGGAGAUCGCACAGCCUCCAGAAAGCAGGAGCCCAAUGCAGCAGGGCCUAAACCACCGCAGCAGCAGCAGCAGCCGCAGCAGCAGCUGCAGCAGCAGCAGCAGCAGCAACCUCCUCCUCAGGGCCAUGCUGGGCAGCAGCGGUCAGGUGGUCAGGGCCAGUCUGGGAGACAUCCAGGCUCUGAACCACUUGAGGGUACCCAGCAAGCCCAGCAGCAGCCUCACCAGAGUGCACAUCAUCAGCAGCAGCAGCAGCAACAACAGCAGCAGCAGCAACCGCAGCAGCAACCACAGCAGCACAGCCAGACCCCACAGAGCAGCCAGCCUACAACAGCCACUGCAGGAGCUGGACCAGCACAGCAGCAGCCCAAAUCCGGCCAAACCCCACCACAGGGACGCCAGCCAGGAGUAGUGUCUGCAGCAGGGCAGCCGGCCACCACAGCCCAGGCAAAAAUGGAUGUGACACCUCCAGCAGCAGCCACAGGAAUGAAACCUACAACAGGAGUCCCAACACCACCUCAGCCUACCAAAAUAGCUACACCCCCUCUAACAGGCAUUGGCUCCAAGGCCCCCCCUGUUGGGAUCGGUAGCAAACCCGCAGGUAUAGGCAGCGCUGCAGCAGGACAGGCACCUGCUGAAGGGGACAAUGUUCUUACCAAAAUCUUGCAAGGAGGGGCAGCAGAGCAGGCGGGAAAGCUAGGAGAUGCUUUAUCUGGCCUUGGGAAGAAGUUCACUUCAUUUUGGUGAACUAAUGAGAGGAGGGAUAUGCCGAGUUGAAAUGAGAUGGUAGCUUUGAACUUGAAAAACCUAUGAAACUGUAUUAAAUACAUUUCAAAUAACAGAGGAAAUAGAAGAAGAUAUAUCCUGAGUGCAUCAAGCAGGAAUCAAAGGAUGCCUUGUCAGCACUGAAUUCCCCAGACAUGGGCACACGAUUAAAGUGAAUUAAAUAAGGGUGAACGCUUCGUCAGCAUGGUGUUACAAGACAUGAGCAGAGGACUGAGGAGGCCUGAAAGUAAGUGGAUGCCUUGACAGAACUACAGUCCCAGAAUGAUGAUUGUGGAGACGUCUGAUGCCUCAUUGGACCAAUGGAGGACAACAACGGUCAAUAAUGAGGAUGUGGUGAAGCGUAGGAGAGAGGGGGAAGGGGGACUCGAUUCCUGUUUCCCCCUCCUCUCCUAGAGAAAGCCUCCUGGGAUCUCUGUGACAGUAAAAGGCCCGCUAACUGAGGCACCUGGAUAUCAUGGGAGAAACUCAGUAUGUCUCUUUUUUCAAACAGCUCAAUAAAGGAAGCCUCACAGCGCCCUCUACGGGGAAUUUAAUGGAACACCGCUCAUGUCUGAGGAGUGGACAUCUGGCAAGGAUAUUUGAUUCUACACUGAUGUCUUCAGAGCCUUUUCAUGCAAAUAAAACACAAAAUAAGCAAGAAGAUGACACAUUUUCAUAGGUUUUCCUGGUACCAAAGAUACCGAUCUUAGCCCACAAUGACACCACACACCUGGAGUAGACGACGUGUAUCACGGCAAUGACAACCAACCUGAUGACUCCACCACAAUCCUUGAAUGCUUGGUUUCUCUGAUCUCUACAGUACAUUCCAGUAUAGGGAAUUUGACCCUUUCUUUGAAUGUGUUUUUAUUUCUCCUCUUUUUGUUUCGAUGUCUACAGAAUGCAUUGUGUAAACAUGGACAUAAGAAUGCACGCAGAAAUAUUUAAAAAACGUAAAAAAAGAAUCCCAUAUCAGUACUUUUUCACCACCUAUGAGAUGCCACUAGUCAUUAGCUGUAGGGUGUUAGGGAAGGGAAUUACUACCAGUGUGCCCACAAGUGUGAGAUUCAAUUCACACAGAUGAGAGGACCAAAUGAAAGAGUGGCCACGGCUCUUUAUUAGCCAUCGCAAAGCCAUCGUUAUAGUCAGCCCCAGAGCCGACUAUAAUGCUCUGGGACCAACUAUACAUAGGAUAAAGUCCCUUCUGGGAUUUUAUCCUUUUUAUUGAUUUGUCUCAUCUUUUAAUUUCUUUUCAUUUUUGCCUGAUAUUCACUGAAUGGAAGAGCCUUAUUCAGUACAUGUUUUUACUUGUAUACCUCACAUGUUUUAAAACGUCCAUGUAAUCAUGCAUUUCUUUUUACACAACUGUAUACUAUUGUAUGUACAUAAAACAAAUCAGAGAUCUAAUUAUGUAAAUUUGUCAUUUGUGUAUUUAUGGAAUCACU